AGCCCACAGCGCCCCCUCUGGCAGCAUUUCCUCUUCGCCUUUUUUGGCGCUCUCCCAGCACCUCCUCGCAGAAGCAGCGAAAAACCCCUCUGAGGGAGAAUAAAAAGUUCUCCCACGGGCCCCAAAUCAGCGGUCAGACACAGAAAUACAUCCGAAACACCCUCACAAGCUUGGCCAUGUGGAGAAAGAGAGUGGCGUCGCUGGUCAGCCUCCUGCUAGCCGCGACGCUGUGCGAUGCCCACCACUUUCUGACAGAGAACAAAGCAUCCCAGUUUCUAACACGGCAUCGGCGAGCAAACUCCCUUUUCGAAGAGAGCAAGAAGGGCAACUUGGAGAGAGAGUGCAUUGAAGAAUUGUGCAGUAAGGAGGAAGCAAGGGAGAUCUUUGAGAAUAUCCCUGAGACAGAAUACUUCUACCCUAAAUAUGUUGGGUGCCUGGGGUCCCACCGUGUAGGCAUCACCAUCCCACAUGCAGAACCUGGGGUCCCUCAGGACCUCCGCACCUGUGUACAAGAGAUCAGUAACCAGUGCCUGCCACUGCCAUGCCAUAAGGAGGGAUAUGAACGCUGCAUUGACGGUCAGGGAACUUUCACCUGUGUAUGCAAACCUGGAUGGAUUGGCCCUCUCUGUAAAGAAGAUAUUGAUGAAUGUGGAGAUCCCAAAUUUCUUGCUGGUUGUAACCAGCAAUGCUCUAACUUGCCUGGAAGUUUCCGUUGCUCGUGUCAGGAUGGUUACUAUUUGCGUAACAAGAUCUACUGUGAAGACAUUAAUGAGUGCAGGCUUUAUCCCAGUAUCUGUGAGGAGCCGGCCAAAUGUGUCAACACUCAGGGCACGUAUGAGUGCCAGUGCCCCGUCGGAUACAAGUACAACUAUACCUCACGCGAGUGCCUGGAUGUGGACGAGUGUGCGCUGAAUGUGUGCGAGGUCGACUGCGUGAACACAGUGGGCGGCUACUCGUGCCACUGUGACGGGCGACUGGGGCUGAACCUGGCUGCAGAUGGGCAGUCCUGUGAGCAGAUUCCUGAGUGUGUGCAGCUCUAUGACCACAAGCACGAGGAGAUGCUUUACCUUGGAGAGCAGUUUGCAGGCCUGCCUGUGAUCUACCUGCGUUUCCGUCUUCCUGAGAAUACCAAAUUUUCUGCUGAAUUUGACUUCCGGACAUUCGAUCCGGAGGGUGUAGUGUUGUAUGCUGAAUCGUUCUCACACUCCUGGUUCUUGUUGGGACUGAGAGGUGGCCGCAUCGAGAUCCAGUUCAAGAACCAGCACUCUGUUAAUGUCACCAGUGGAGGCAAAGCCAUUAAUGAUGGCCAGUGGCAUGUGAUCUCAGUUGAGGAGCUGGAGAACAGUAUCAGUGUGAAGAUCAGCAAGGAGGCAGUGAUGAGUAUAAGUAGUCCUGGGAGCCUUUUCACAGCUGUCAAUGGCAAACUGGAGACCAACGUUUACAUCGCUGGCUUGCCCAACCGCACUGAUAGUGUUAUUAAACAGAUCAACCCUAGAUUAGAUGGCUGUAUUCGUGGCUGGAACCUGAUGAACCAGGGGGCUUCUGGGGUGAUGGAGGCCAUCCAGGAGAAGGAGAGCAAGCACUGCUUUCUUUAUGUGGAGAGAGGAUCCUACUUUGUUGGUUUGGGGCUGGCCCUUUUCAACAUUGACUACAGUCUGAAAGGUCAAUGGAGAGUAGACGUGGUGAUGAGCAUUCGUCCAUCCAGUAGCACAGGCGUCCUCUUUGCCCUAGUUAGCAAUGACACUGUCCCACUGUCUGUCUCUGUGCUAACACAAGGACCAAAUGAAGCAGACCUGCAGGUGUUUCUAGAUGGCGUUUCAGUUGCGAAACUCCAGUCAUUGAUGCUGUGUUAUCCGGAGCACUUGGUGGUGGAGUUGCACGUGUCUGCAGAUGGCCUCCACCUUGCGGCUAACUCUUCCACUGUCUCCUACAUUGACAGUGAUGCUCUCAGACAGGCCUUGACCAAGCUCAAUGGCACCAUGCAGCAACCAGUUGACACCUACAUUGGGGGACUGCCAGAUCUUCCUCUGUCCUCCACUCCAGUCUCAGCCUACUACCACGGCUGCAUGGAGAUCCAUUUAAAUGAGCGGCUGCUUGACUUUGAUGAAGCUGUCAGCAAACACAACAGCAUCAAGUCUCACUCCUGUCCGCCUGUGUCUCAACCUGAAGUAACUAGGAAAUGAUGUCAUAGGCUGGGGCAUUGGGAAUCCAUCACUAUUGCUGUCUGUCCUGUUGUAAAUACUUGUAAGAAGAUGGUAAGAGAGGAAGAAGAAGCAGAAGAGAGAAACUAAGGCGAUCUGUUGUCUGGAUUUCCAUACAACUACAGUAAACCUUAAAGUACCAUUAUUGACUAUCCUGUGAAUAAUAACUCCUUAAACUGCAAGGGCCUGUAUGUACUUGCAUACUAGGCAUGACACUGACAUAUUAGUGUUAUAGUAUUUAACAAAUAAUUUAUAGUAAUUGUGAAAUAAGUAUUAAGCAUAAUAUCUCAAUAAUAAGCCUGCAGUUUAAGGGGUUAAUGGCCAACCCUGUUGCUCAAGAGAGGGCAUUGCCUUUUAUAUAUUUCCUCUGUUUUAAGGAAAUAACAUAUAAUGCAAUACAGAGCUGAGCUCUGACUGGUUUAGAAUAUGUAUUCAAAUCAGAUGUAGAGGUUAGGAUGGAUCCAAUUUAAGAUAUUAUUUAGUAAGAUCUGAUAGAUUGAUCCUUUUUCUUGUGAGUAUGAAGAUCUGUGUCCUGUUUUAAGAUGAGAUGAACAAUCUGUUUGUUUGUUUUUUCUCCUAAACAUAUUCAUUAAUGAGAGAACUUUGACUUUGGGUUUUCUCUUGGUUUUCCAGUAAUGGAACAGAUAAGUUUAAGAUACUGUGUAAAACAGUUUUUACUCUGUGUUGAUAUUUUGAGGUUGAUUUCAGGGUGGAGAGUGUACUGAGUAUUGUAAUAAAAAUGACAAAAAUCCAACUUAUGCAUGUCAUGUCAUAAAAAUAUUCUCAUUUUAGCCACA